AUGGAAAUGAUAAGAGGGAAUCCAAACGAUUCAUAUAAGGAGUUGCCGAGGUAUUUGUAUAUGUUGGAGCAUACAAAUCCAGGAACGGUUCAAAGUUGCACAAAUCAGAAGAUGGAUGCUUUCUUUAUGCAUAUGUUUCGCUAUAUGCAUCUAUCAAGGGAUGGAGCUGGAAAAAUCCUUCCAAUUGCAUAUGCAAGUGUAGAUUCAGAGAAUAACAAAUCUUGGGAGUGGUUCUUCGUCCAGAUAAAGGGUACUUUUGGUGUUAGGGAAGGGAUGUGUAUAGUUUCAGAUAGAAAUGAAAGCAUCUUCAAUUCCACAAAAGCUGUGUACCCAGAAGUACCACAUUGUAUUUGCAUGUUUCAUUUGUGGCAGAAUGUCAAGCGCACAUUCAAGAAACAUCACAAACAAUUGAAGGAUAUCUUCUUUGCUUUGUCUAGAGCUUACACGAUAGAAAAGUUUGACUACUAUAUGACAGAGAUGUGCAAAAUUGAUCCAAAAGUGCAGCCUUACUUGUUCGAAAUUGGCUACGAAAGGUGGUCUAGGGCAUACUCCAAAGUAAAAAGGUUGAUGGUAAUGACUUCCAAUAUUGCAGAGUCAAUUAAUGCAGCAAACAAGGAUGCUAGAGAGUUACCAGUAAUGCAAUUGCUGGAGUACAUGACAAAUUUGCUACAACAGUGGAACAACAAAAACAGAAAAAGUGAAAUGGAGACAUCUACAGAGCUUGGCGAAAAGUACGACAAACUCUUUCGGGAAAAUCUGAUUACAUCGGAGCAAAUGACGGUGAGGCUUGUUACGGUGCAGUUAUAUACUGUGCUUGAAGGGGUAAGGCGAAACAUAGUGUGCCUUGAAGAGGGAACAUGCAGUUGCGGCAAAUUUCAAAUGGAUAAACUUCCAUGUUCGCAUGCUUGGGCGGUUUUGAAGAACCAGCAGCUGAAACCUGGCCAGUAUUGCUCUUUUUACUACAAGAAGGAUAACCUCCUUAGAACUUAUGAAUUUUCAGUAAAUCCGAUGUCAGAUGAGAGUUUAUGA